CUGUGUGAGUCUGUUCAAUUAGGAAAUGUAACUUUUUUUUCCUCUUGACAUUUUUAGCUGCCUCACCCCUUUUAUUUGAACACAUACAUAUGGUGUGUGAGAGUGAGCAAGCUCUCUGUAAAUGUUUGGAAGGAGCAUCUGUCAGACAAUAAAACUUACAAGAAAACAUGUUUCUCAUUUAAAGAGUAUUCACUAGAACUAUUUCAGUGUUGGAAUCAGUUCAUUUGUAUAGCUUGGAGGCAUUAAUAAGAGCAGAGAACUGUAAAGGCACCAGAAAACUCAAACUGUUACUAAGAAUUCAAGGUAUUUUUAAAAAGGAUUUUGUCUUUUCGGCAUCUCAGUCUUCUGAUAAGGAGCCCGAACCAGCUGACAGACCGGAAACCUCUGCUAGUCCAUCCAAAGGGAUUGCAAACAAGAAGAUGGCAUGAUUUUUGCAAACCUGGAAAGUCUAAAGAUUGCAAUAAUUGUUGGACCAAAGAGACCCUCUUCAGGCAUAAAUAGCAAGACUCCUACUGUCUUCUCUUGCAGAUCAACUCAGCUGCCAGCAAAAGCAGGUGCUCUCCCCCUACCAGUGCUCCAGAGGAAAUUUUUAGGAAUGGAAAACCUGAUGUUUUUCGACUAUUCCUGUAAAGUUAUCUGGACAUUACUUGUAACAAUAUUGGGCUAUGCCAGCAGCCUGCCUGUGGGGGAUGAUUCUCUUUGCACAGCAGAGGAACUUGCUAAGUACAGGAUAAUCUUCAUAGGGAAAUGGAGUCAAACUGCAUUCCCUAAGCAGUAUCCACUCUAUAGGCCCCCAGCACAGUGGUCAUCCUUGCUAGGUGUUACUCAUAGUUCUGACUACAGCAUGUGGAAAAAAAAUGAAUAUGCCAGCAAUGGUGUACGUGAUUUUGCUGAAAAGGGUGAAGCAUGGGUAUUAAUGAAAGAAAUAGAAGAAGCUGGAGAGAAAAUUCAGAGUGUACAUGGAAUCUUCUCUGCUCCUGCAAUUACCAGUGGUACAGGACAAACCUCUACUGAGUUAGAAGUGCAUCCAAGACAUCCCUUAGUUUCAUUUGUUGUACGAAUUGUUCCGAGCCCCGACUGGUUUGUGGGCAUUGACAGCCUAAAUCUCUGUGAUGGAGACCACUGGAUGGAUGAAGUAACAGUAGAUCUAUUUCCRUAUGAUGCUGGAACUGAUAGUGGAUUCACAUUUUCCUCCCCAAACUUUGCCACUAUUCCACAGGACACAGUUAAAGAGAUCACUUGCUCCUCUCCAAGUCACCCAGCAAACUCAUUUUAUUAUCCCAAACUCAAAAUUUUGCCACCAAUUGCUCAAGUAAAAAUGGUGAAAACAAAGAAAAAACAGCUGGGUCUUUCUGCACCUUUUAUUAAUCUUCCAGCUAAAAGCAAUGAAAUAAUAGACUCUGUCUCAGAAACACCUCUGGACUGUGAGGUUUCACAAUGGUCKUCCUGGGGUCUCUGCAGAGGGGUUUGCAGACAAACAGGGACCAAGAUCAGAACUCGUUUUGUACUUCUUCAGCCUGCCAAUAAUGGAAUGCCUUGUCCAAAUCUGGAUGAAGAAACAGGRUGUGAACCAGAAAAUUGUGUCUGAAAUAAAGAUAAUAAUUAAGAUAAUUUAAGUAGGAUAAGUUUAAAUCUAAACUACAUGUCAAUCAAUGUUUUUUAUCAUUUUGAUAUGCUGCACUAUUUUGCUGAAARGCUGUAUUAGAGUGGUUUUGAAAGUUUUUAUUAAAUAGCAAGGUUUUGGGGGGUUAAAUUCCUAAGGUUUASUAUGACAAUCAGUACUGAAUCAUUUACAGACCAAAAACCCCCGAAUAAAUCCUUCCUCUAAACACACUUUAAGUUCUUGGAGUACCCUCUAGUGGCAGAAAAGAAGACAUUUGGAAAGAUUGUACUUCACAUUUUUACUUCACACUAAAAACCUUYCAAUCGCAAAAUCUAAACUAAUAACCUUAAGUAUUGUAAUUUGUGUAUCUGCAGCUAUUUAUACCUAGAAAAUAGUUUUYCCUCUAAAUUAUGUUUUUAUAAUUUAUUGGCAUUUUUGUCGUCUUUCUAAACUUGCUUAACAUGUAUUUCUUCAAAAAUUACUUAUGUAUGUCAGAGUGACCAGAUGUUUGCAGUGUGGUUAAGGCAAUAAUGGAACUGAGUAAACUCAUCUUGAGACUUAUGAAUAUCUGAAAAUGUCUUUUUUGUUUUGUUUUGUUUUGUUUUGUUUUUUUUCUCAAAAGUGAGAAUAACUGCCAUGAGAACACUUGGCCAACAAAAUUACUAGGAAAAUAAAAUCAGAAGUGUGGAUACUAGUAAAAAAUCUCUGAGCUGAAUUAAAAGUGUUAGUUGAGAUUCAAAAACUGAUUGUUGGUGUGUGUCCCUCACAAAACAACUAUGUCAAAUUUAGUGCUGUUGACCAUAAUAUAAAUUAUAUCAUUAACCUUACAUAUGCAGUAAAUUUGUCCAGGUUUCUUUAUAUGUGUUUGCUGCCAUUUGUAUAUGUAUUAUCUAAAUUAAGGUAUGCACAACAAUAACAAACACAUCAGAAACUGUUUUUGACUGCAAGUAAUGUUAUAAAAUUAAUGCAACAUAUGGCUUAUGAAGAGUUGUGGCUAYCAAUCAUGAAAAGAAUUUUGGAAUAAAACUUAUUCAAUAGAAUAAGUUUAAAGUCAGCUCACAAAACUUUUACAGCACAUUGAAAUUUUACAAAUAUAUAGCACAGCUAUUGAACAGGAGAGUAAAUUUGAUUAGGUUCUUUUUGGAAUAUGGCAAACACAAGGAAAUUUCUCAUGUCCUAAAAGGAGCACACUGUAUUCUCCACAGAGGUGAAACAUUUAAACAUUUCUCUAUAUUUUUUUCCAGGAGAUAAAUCUUGCAAAGACCCAAAUAAAUUUGGAACUUGUCAGACUAGACUUCACUGGUCCUG